UCAUCAGAACGUCCUUCAUGCCUGCAAGAACUGAGAACUGAAAUCGAAAGUUUAGUAGUGUUUUGGUAUUGCAGAUAACAAGAGUGAAGGCUGAAGUUUUCUUUUUUUUAUUUGUGGCCUCUUGGUUCCUCAGAAUUUCUCACAGUGGAUGUUCUUCCACCCCACCCAACACAUCUUGUGUGUUGUAUAACAGUGGACAUUUUGAUUGCCUGCAUAUAGCUUUAAAAGGGGGCCUGAGAAGAAUACUUAUUUAUUAUACAAACAGGAUUUCUUGGUGUUCCAUUGUUUAACAGAAUUCUGGUGUUUCAGAAGAGAGGAUCUGCUAUCAUUUCAACAUAAACAGCUGCAAAAAGUUUCUGUUCCUUUUAGGUCUGGAGAUUUGUCACCUGAUAACUAAUUCCUGUUUUACUACUAGACAGAACAUAUUUGUUUUCUUUGCUUGCAAAUUGGGAUAUAAGCAGCAAGACAGCAAAAUGGUUCCAAGUCUUCUUUGUGAUUUAUUUUAUUCCUAGGCAUACUUUAGCAUGUAAAUAUUAAUAUCUCUAGAGCCACCAUCUUCAGUUGCAAACGAUGGUGAUUCCUCCUUAGUGGGGACGAAGCAAAUUGCACGGACAGAUGAGCUUAGUACAAGAUGUCCUAUCCAACCGUUCACGAAAGUUUUGGAUGUGGGACAGAGGAGUGGGUUGUCUUAUGCAAGUAACAGGCCAUUCCAUUUAUCUUCCUGGAAGCACACGGCAUUGAGAGAGGUGACGAAUCAUCGUCUUGUUCCUCUGUCCAACCUGUGUUCCUGGCCAGUUGGUCCAAUCUUCAGCAGCCCUCAGAGGAAACGCGAGAAAGAUGUCUCCAAGAUGCAAAAAUGGCAUCAGGUUAUCCCAGGGAAUUGGAUCCAGGAAGUCAGCCUGUGCAGAUAGGAGAGGGCACACUGGAAACAGAAUCCGUAUCACUGGCUGUAGGGGAAGGGUUCCCGAAUGAGAUUUCCCUCACAUUUUCUGUCAAGAGUCGUUCUGGACAAAGCAUCAAUCCUCAGCUUCAGGAAGCAGCAAGAAAGAAACUGUGGGCCCUGGAGAAUGAUGACAAAGAUGUCUGUGCUCUUUUCAAGGAACUGUCAGCCAGACUGGUGUGCAUCCUGGCUCAGGAGAAUCGCCUUUUGCUUUCCUUCAAGACCAUAGAGGAAAUCUGGAAGUUUUCAACGUACUUAACUCUUGGCUAUGUAGGUUGCUGUUUGGAGCACCUUCUCUUCACCCCAGAGUAUUGGCUGAACUGUGCUCUGGUGGAGGACACAGAGAUCACUGUGACCAUAGAUGAAGAUCACAUGGCCACCAUGUAUCUUGGUCUUCUCCUUCAGGAAGGAAACUUCUUUGCCAGGGCAGUGGUCAGUGUCCUUGCAGAAGAAGAAGAGGAGGAAGAUCUGAAGUUCUAUAAGAAUGAGCUAGUCCACGUGAGAGAUAUUGGGUGUGAAAGUAAAUGGGAAGGGACAUCUCUGUUGACUGAUCAGAGAGGCCUUGUCCCUGUUACAGCCAUGGAGCCCUUGUCCCAUCCAUUUUACCAGUGGUUUCUAAAGAACUACCCAAUGACCUGUAGCAUCUCCAAACAAAUCGACGGACCUGACUCUUGGCAGAUUGGCCAAGGGAGGUGCACAGCCACAGAGGAUUACAGAGGGAGAGGAUGGGAUGAGCUGAGCUUCUACAAGGGUGACCUCAUAGAGGUCAUUGGCUUUCUCGUUCCGGGCCUUCAGUGGUUUAUAGGAAAGUCGACAUCCACUGAGUCAGUAGGCUUUGUCCAGACCAAAUGUGUAUGUCCCGAGACUUACGAAACAAUGAGAGACAGUCCAGUCUUUUUCAGUGAAGAAGAAAUGGCCUCCUUUCUGCAGGUUCCGUGCAAUGGCAAUGAGAUGCAUUACAGUAACCUCCUCAAUGAGUGGGCACAAACCGACAUAACCUCAGUGUACAGGCUUGAUGGCUUUGAACCUGUGGCCAUGUACCCACGAACGCCAUCAGAUGCAGUCAUAGAGGAACUUAAAGAUGGUUGGAUGUUCGAGGGUUGGAGGAAGCCGUCUAGUAAUAGCUUGCCAACUUGCAGUGAUUCUGAACAGUCCAGUCCGGUGGUUGAGUCUUCACCUUCAACCUUGGAACACUUACUUCUUCCAGAACCAGAUGACCUUGAUGACCCCAAGUUCUUUAUUGACUUGAAUGCUGGCCACAUGGAAGAUUCUGAUGUGUUUGACCCUGUCUUGACAUUCCUCAACCAGGAUGGUUAUGUGCCUCAUUUCCAAAGCCUCUAUGACCUCUCUUUUUCCUUCCUCAGUUCCACCUUCUAUGGCUUCUCCACUGAGGAGGAGCUGGUUUUAUACCUGGAGACAUCCCGGAACUGGGCCAAGAGAGGUCACCUUGCUUGGGCUCAUAUCCGGAUAUGCUAUCUCUUGGGUCGGCUUUGUGUCAAAAGAGCCAAGUUCUCCCAAGCUCGAGUUUAUUUUGAGGAAGCCCUGAGCGCAAUGGACAAGGGAUUUGAAGACUUGCCCCUGCUUGCCUCAUUGCACGCAAACCUUGCUGCCAUUUACCUGAAGCAGAAGAUGAAGCAGAAGUUCUUAUCAGUGAUUGGGAAAGCGGUGGCCCUCCUGGCCUGCCUACCUGGGCACUGCUUCAGCUCUGAGAACGAGCUUGAGGUCAUUAUGUAUGUCCUGAGAGAAGCCAUUGCGGUGGGCAACACUGCUUUGGAAGUUAGGACCUGCUUCCUUGUUGUCAGGCUCUUCUUGCAGCUGGGCAGGUAUGACGAGGUCCUACCUUUCGCAGAACGCUUGCAGUGCCUGUGUGCCAGUAUUUCCAGCCAGGACUCCAGGGCCUCCUCCUCCUCCUUGGAUACCUUGCCUGUCCUCACCUAUCUGUAUGACAAGAAGUACUUGCCACAUGUUGCCUUGGCAUCUGCUAGGCUGUUUUCCCCCAGCCAUGUCAAAGGGGUGCUGACUCCCGUUUGGAGAGCUGGCUUCGUCCUCGCUAAUGCUUCUAAGAUCAUGAAAAUUCAAGAGAGAACUACCACCUCUACCAUUGCCAGCAUCCCAGCUUUGGCUUGCCUUUAUCUGAGUCACGCUUUGGCUUUCUCCCGUGAAGGUGGAGCUCUGUCUACAGAGAGAGCCCUGUGUGCAGUUUUAUCCAAAAUGUAUCUCAAACAUGGAAUGCUGGAGGCAGCAGUGCAUUAUUCAAACAGGGCUGUUGUCCUUGGCAAAGCAGUGGGUGAGGAGGAAGCAUUUGAGUCUUCCCUUUCCUUGGGGUGGAUGCACACUUUGAACAGCCAGCCAGGGAAAGCAUCUGAGAUCAUGUUGUGCCUUCUGCAUUCUCUGCGACAGACAGACAGUGUCACCCAGGAUGGGGUUGUUCACAACCUUUUGGCCAUUGCUCUGAAAGGAGAAGGGCAGGUGCGGAAGGCAGCAGAGAACUACUUAUGGGCCUUGAAUAAAGCCCAGGAAACAGGCAACCGGCGGAACCAAGCCAUUGCCUUAUCCAACUUUGGCUGCUUGGCUGUCUUUUGCCAGGCACAUUGUCUAGCAGAGCACUAUUUCCUUCGGGCUGUUCGGCUGUAUUUUGAACUCCAGGGUGGUGAAGAUGCACAGAUGGAGCUGGUGCAGAUUCUGCUAUGGUUGGCCCAAACCCAGGUGGACAGGCAUAAGACAAAAGAGAGUCAACUGUAUUAUGAGCUGGCUUUGGCCAUUGCCUUGAAGACACGCAGUUUGAUGAGUCAGCUUCAUGUCACUGAGUCCCUCUGCCAUUUCUAUAGCAAAGUAUACCCACAUACUGAAGCCUGCAUUAUCUACCACGAGCACCAAGUUAACCUUGCUCAACAGCUACAUGACAGAGAAAUGGAAGGACAACUUCUACAGGCCCUCAGCCAACUCUACCAGAGUAUAUAUACAACAAGAUCUUUGAAGCAGGCACUUGAUUGUACCAAGCAGAGUCUGAGGAUCUUCAUUGACUUGGAGGAAACCAUCAAAACAGCAGAGGCUUGGCUACAAGCUGGGAAGCUGUACUAUCAAAUGCAAGAGGAUGAACUUGUGGAAAUGUAUUUGCAGGCAGCCAUACAGACGGCCCUGAAGCCUCAAGAUCUUCACUUAGCCAUGGAACUAUAUGAAGAAGUUGGUGAUGUCUUUUUCAAUGGCCUCCGGAACAGACAACAGGCCGUGGAAUAUUACCGGGGAGGAGCUGUACCUUUGGCUCGGAAGCUGAAGGCCAUGCAGACUGAACUGAGAGUGUUCAACAAGCUGGCUGAGCUACAGAUUGGACUUCAGAAUUACGAGAAUGCCCUGGAAUUUGCUACUUUGGCAGCCAGACUCAGUGUGGAUGUAGGAGAUAAGUUGCAAGAACUGGUUGCCUUUCACCGCCUGGCAACGGUGUACUACUUUCUGCAAAUGUAUGAAAUGGCCGAGGACUGCUACCUGAGGACACUUUCUCUGCACUCGCCAUCGCUGCAAGGUCCUCAGGAAGCCAAUUAUUACUCCAAAGUGUACUGCCGCUUGGGAGAGAUGACACUCUACAAAUUGAAGGAUGAACAAGAUGCAGCUGGUUAUUUCCUCCUGGCCUUGGCUGCUGCCACCGAGCUCGAUGACCAGACUUGGCAAGAGAAGAUACAGGCCAAGUUAGCUAAAAUAGACAAUGCUUCCCAGUCAGAUAAGGGCCCGAGAGGGUGGGCUGCAUACCGGUCCCGGUGGUUAAGUGAAGGGAAGCAUGAAGUAUGACCGCUCACUUCACAGGACUCAAGCGCUCUGAAGAAGCCACACUCAACGUCUCUCCUCAUUGCCAAAGAGCUUUCACAUGCCUCGUAGACUUGAAGUGAAGGAGUGAAUUUGUGUCCUGGUGCUUCAGGGGCACCUAUGUGUUUGAACUAAACCAUGGAAAAACCCUUGCCUGUUAUAGUCGAACACACUUUCAGAAAAGGUAAUUGAGAGUGGAUAAGAGGCAGAUCCAUCAUGUCUGUAGCCUAAUAUUUGAUCUGCAACAUCUGGGAAGAAAAAGUUCCAUCCACAUAUACAGACUUGAUUGUAUGAAUACACCCCAUAAAGAUUUUCUUUAGAGUACAAAUGGAAAGCACAAGGUAAGAUGUAAGCAAGAAUGAGUAGGGUGGAAUGGCUUUGAAGCAGCUGGAGCUAAUCUCUGAAAAGUUGCACCAAGGGGAUUUUCAGCGUGUACAUUCAACCACAGUUCCAAAGUGUGGUGUGCCCUUUCACAUGCCCUACAACUCUAGGAAGAGCAGAAAGCUCCCAAGAAAAUAAAUUUAUGAGCAUGGAACAUGAUUUUUUAGAAAGCUAUCAGUUAUCUAUGUUUAUUUUUAGAUCCCCACCCCACCCCAUUUUUUUUCUUCCAAUCUCAGGGGUUUCAUGGUGUACAUAAGCUGUAUUAAGACCAUGUAACGAAAAAAAUAGCAACAGAAAACAAUCAAUAGCGUGAAACAUGUAUUGCCUGGGGGUGGGAUGGAGAAGGAGUCACCUGUCGACUUCCAGAUGUUGUUGGAAUUCUUCCCCUUGUUAUUGACUGUGUGGUCUAGGGCUGAUGUUCUGUAGCUCAUCACAGUCUUCUGAGCUGGAAAAGUGCUUUUAAAGAAGCAAAAUGAAGGCUGAGUUCCUGGGGAUGCUUACUGUUGAGCUUAUAGUGAGGUUUCUGUUCAGGAGUCAUGCCAUUCACAUCAACUACAUACAGUUUAAGAUGUUCUGAAUGAGAACUAACAUAUAACCUGAGGCCUGUGCACAGAUAACUUGAGUCUGGCUAAGUCUGAGAAAAACAGGGGUUAAAAUGAUGCUUUCUUAUGAUUGAUUCCUUUUGUUGUUUGUUUCUGUUUAGAUUAUUGUUCUGCCUGAAGGACCUUUGAUGGAGUAGCAGUGGGGUGGGGGAGUAACUUUGUCUAGGGAUGAUGUGUUGAAAGCAGAUCUGGAUCUAUUGGCAAUGAUUUCUAGUUCUGUAUAUUUUACAAUAAUUAAUCAUUAUGGACCUCCAAGUCAAUUGUGACUUAAUAGUGACCUUCUCAGGCUGGCCAGUCCCUCCUCCUGCUGGUAUUCAGGUACUCUGCAGCUCACCUAAGGGCACACAGGUAGCCAUUAACUGCAAACACGGCGAGUGACCUUGAUUGGCCCCUCUGCCCGGAGGGAUAGUGGAGGGGGUUCCUGGCUUAGACAUUGCAGACCACUGAGCUCUGCCAGCAUUAUUUCAAAAUAGCAGCAACCAAAUGAUUAGCCAUGUUGUAAUUAUUUUUUUGGCUAAAAUGAAGAAAGCCUAGGGCAAGUCAGAGUGGGGUUAUUUUUUGUUUUUGUUUUUUGGCAUAUGGAAGGACCCUGUGCUCAAAGAAAAUAGCCAUGCACAAUGUGCUUUUUGUUCUGUGUGUACAGGGUGUCAUCUGCAGUAGGCUCUAGAUGGUAUUACCUCAAAGGUUCUGUAAGCCCCAAAUCUGUCUCCGUGUAUUGUAGAAGGUAAGCUUUGAACCUUUUCUCAUGCUAGAAAACAAGCUAAAAAGAGGAAGUAUAGGUUUGGCUUCCUGUUUUUUGUGCUUCCUCAGGAAUUUUCCAGUAGAACGUGCCUAUCUGCCAGGAUUUCUGCACUGGGAGAUGUAUUUGCUGCUCCUACAUUUGAAGCAGAAAUGCCCCCUGUGAGACACUGGUAGCUAAAGCCCUGUGCCUUGGAUUUUAUUUUAAAAAUGCUAAAAAUAAGAAUAUUAAUGAUGCAUUGUAUGUUCUGACUCUGUAAUGAAACCAUUGGGAGCUCUCCUCUGCCAGCCUUAUGUCUGUUCAGCUGAGAGGCUUGGGGCUGAGUGCCAUGGGAAACUCAGUGAAGGAAACUGGAGAGAAGUAGUCUUGGAAAUAUAGCCUUCCUGGCUUUAUGAAAAACUCUAUUUGCCCAUAAUAACCAGAGAAGACUAAUUGUGAACUGCCCUAGUCCUACAAAGGGCAAAUAUAUUUCCUCAGGAUGGGCCUCAGAAGAAAUGUCACUGUACUGGAAUUCUUCAGGCUGUACCCCGACGAUGGGACACCUGGAGUUCAGAUGCAGAAGGCCUCGGGUUCAGUCCUUGGAAUCUUCCAUUCCAAGGCUCUCAGGUAGCAGAACCAGGAAUUGACUACAGAGAGCCACUUCUAGGCCUCUUGCUUCCCUAAAGUCAGAUGGUAAGGCCAUCUGACUUUAUAUAUGCAUAUGUGAUGAUGUGUAGCAUAUAAUCCUGCUUUUUCCUUGUAUUCUCUCUCCUUUCACCACUGGAGGGCAGUAAAGACAGUGCUUCCCGUUAACGUUUA